AUGAUGGAUGACCACUCCAAGCUUGAACCAAUUUACCUUGCUAAUGUUGCUCUUUAUCUCGAAGGAUUUUCAACAUUUAAAUGUUUUCAACUAGUCUCUAAAAGGUGUGUUCUUGCACUUAAAAUGUUACAUAUUAAUCCCCCAAAACUUACAACCGGAAUUAAUUAUCUUUUCGGAGUUCUUCCUAAUAUUAACACACUCACGUCUUCUAUAGAAUACGCUGAAAAUGAAUUAAAAGGAUGUUUAUUAGACAAAAUAACCUGGAUAGACGCUUCCAGCCAAAUAUCUACUAUCAACUCAAUUAACAAAAUUUUAGUUCCGAAAAUAAGAAAAGUACGAAUUCUUCCUUCCAAUUUACAACACAUCGAUGAACUAGUGAAUUUAAAAAUUCUUAUCGUCGAGCAACUUGUCAACGAAAACAUCCAAGAAAUUGAUAUAUUCAAAACACAAAGAAAUAUUGAAAAUGUUGUCUUAUAUUACAAAUGUGACUUGUUAAGAGAAAAUACAAUAAAAACACUUGACACCAUUUCAUUAAACAAUCCAACAUGUAAAUUUACCAUUGUUUGUAAAAAAUGUGAAACGCUAAAAACACAAAAUGUGAUAUUGCUGGAAUAUGACAUUUCUCUACCCAGAGAAAGACAAUUUAAUGUGAUUAUUGAUCAACAACCCACCUCAAAAACUUUGGUGUCAAAACCAAAGAUAAUAAUUAAACAACUACCCAUUAAAGAAGAAAAGAUUGUUUAUAUUAUUCAAAAAGGGAUAGACCAUAUUACAUACAAAACUAUUGGUUCUCUUGACAAAAUGCAACACUUGUUUUUCAGUGAAAAAGUAAGAAAAAUAACUUUUUCAUUAUUAGGAAAAAUGAAUGAGAGUGAAAAGUUUAUUGAAUGUAUACAAGAUACAACACAGUUGCUUUUAUACACUUUUAUAGAACCAUUGAAAUUUUCAGAAGUCAGUACUUCGCUAAACACCUUUCUAAAUUUAGUAGAAAAAGGCCAUCAAGUGAAUAUUGAAAUUGAUGCAAAAAUUGAAGAUGAAAUUGUGUUAUUGGACUUUGUGAUUUCAUUUGUGUACAAAGAAAAAACAAAGAAAAGUUCAUCCUUUGAACAGAAAAUGAAAACCAUAGAAAAAUAUAUGAAAGGAAAAAAGGUUUCAACACGAGUGAGUUGUUCGGAUGUAUCAUACAAUCUAGACUUUUAUAUCGACAAUUUAAACUUAACAAAGUACCCUGAAAAAAUAAGUUUCGAUUUACUAUUUGCAGACUACAAUUCAAUUAAACGCCCACUAUUUCAGCUUCUAGAAAAUCGCUAUGGAGAAGCCCACUUUAUUAGUAAUUUCUUUGUUACUAAUCUGAGUUUUGAUGGAUUUAUUUUUAGUACAAUUGAUAUCCCUUAUGCCAACAAAUAUACAAUUCAUGACAUUAAAACGAUUCAAAAUAAUCACAACAAAGUGUUUGUUGACGACGGGAGGAGAAAAUACACGUUGGAAGACGUUUUUGUGUUUCCAAAGAACAAAGUAGUUCAAUAUGAGUCAAAGCAUCAGUUAUCUCCCAGAUAUGGCAUUUACAAUAUAAAAUCACCUUUUGAAGACGUUUUAGUGAUCACUUUGAAUGACAAAAAACAUGAAAAAAUUGCCCAACCCAAAUCAAAAAAUGUGCAAAAAAUCAAAAAUCGAUUUCGUCAGAGUUUUGAUUUCAAAACUGAUGACCUCACACUUUUAGAUACAGACGAUGAGAAUUUCGAUGACGAAGAUAGUGAAUUGGACUCAACCCAAAAGUACUUUGAAUUAAAUUAA